AUGAAGGAAACGCACGUGGGAGCGUUCGGAGAGGACGAGCAUCGCAUCGCGGCGUACGCGGAGGUGGAGGCGUUGAGCGCGAUGUCGCAUCCGAACGUCGUCGCGUUCGUCGGCGCGUAUCAAACGUCGGCAGAGGUGCACUUGGUGAUGGAGCUCGUCGACGGGACGUCGUUGUUGGAGUAUUUGACGAUGCUGAAUGAUUACGAAGACGCGAAUGAAGACAAGAAACACGAGGUGCGGUUGGAUCUGAUGAGACAGCUCGCGAACGCGGUGGCGUACGUGCACGCGAAAGACUACGUAUUUCGAGACUUGGCGCUGGAAAACGUCAUGGUGCGACACGCGCCAGACGACGCGACGGCAAACGUGACGCUGAAAAUCAUUGAUUUCGGCCGAGUGCGAAAGCUUCGUCCGGAAACCGGAAUGCGCUUACCAUCGGCAUCGCCCAUGGGAGCGGCUUCGUUUCAGGCGCCCGAAGUCGAAGAGCGUGGUGAGUACUCGCAAGCGUCGGACAUGUGGUCCGUGGGGAUAUUUAUGUACUGGUUGAGCUCGGGGAAGAUGCCGUUUCAGAACUCAGUCGAGGGGGUAUUUCAAGUCCUUCGUGCGGAGUACGACAGUUUGGAUGAAUCCAUCAGUGCGUUGACUCGUGAUUUAGUCCAUUCGCUUCUCAGGUUGAAUCCCGUGAAUCGCAUGAACGCCGCGCAAGCGGCGGCGCAUCCGUGCCUCAAGCAA